UUUCCUCCCAAGAUGGCGCCGGCCGCGGCCACCCCGCCCCGGUGACCCCGCCGUCCCCGCCGUCCCCGCCGUCCCCGCCGUCCCCUCAGCGCGCCCCUCAUGAGGGCAGCGCCGCCGCCAUUACCUGCAGCUCGGCCCUCUCCGCCUCCCAGCGCCCUUUCUCCGCCUCGAACCGCGCCCACUCGUGCUGGAUGAAGUGCAGGAUGCCCGGCAGGCUGAGGCCGCGCCACCGCGUGGUCACCGCUGGAAUCGCCGCCACCACCACAGCACCACCUCCCAAUGAAUUACCCCGCCAAUUAACUAAUUAACCACCCAAUUAAUGACUUAAUUAACCCGACACCAUGCGGAUCACCCCCUGCCAGGCCGCCCUGGCCGCCGCCAUCGCCCUCAACCUCCUCCUGCUGCUCUGCUCGCGCCUCCUGCCCGCCGCGCCCGCCUCGUGCCACCCGCGCCGCGUCCCCGACGGCGUCCCCGGCGUCACCGUCAUCCUGCGCGACUUCGACGGCCCCGAGCACGACGUGGCCGCCACCGCCCGCUCCUUCUCCGCCCUGCCCGGCGUCCCGGUGCUGGUGGCGGCCGAGGCGCCGCCGUACCCGCCGGUGCCGCUGCCCGCCGGCGUGGCCGUGCUGUCCCUGCGGCCGGAGCCGCACCGCCCGCCGCCGCGGCCGGAGCUGGCCGUGCGCACGCGCCACGUGGCCCUGGUGCCGGACGGCGCCCGCGCCGCGCCCGGCCUGCUGCGGCGCAUGAGGGACGCGCUGGAGGCCGCCUCGGAUGGCACCGUCAAAGUGGUGGCGGCGGCCGUGGGGCAGCGGCGGCCGCGGUGCUUGACCGUGGAGGUGGACAUCAAGGCGUGGACGGUGCGCUACGGCCUCGCUGACCACCAGAGCCACCAGCAGGGUGACCCGAAGAGUUUCCAGCACGGUGGCCAGCAGAGUGACCAGCACGGCGACCAGCAGAGUGACCAGCACGGCGAGCUGUGCGGCACGCUGGACGGCGCCCCGGCCGUCCUCCUGCUGCGGACGCGCGACCUCUUCUCGCUGCCCUUCCCGCUGGCGCGCCCCGUGGUCGCCUCGCUGUCCCUGCAGGCGGCGGCGCGCGGCUGGCGCCUGCUGCUGCUGCCGGCCGCCUUCCCGCUGGCGCCGCGGCCGCCGCCGUCCCCUCACGGCCAGUGGCGCGCCCGGAGCUCCCUGGACGCCCAGCACCGGGCGCUGCUGGAGCGCUUCGGCCUCAAGCUGGAGGUGCUGCCCGACGGCUCGCGGCGCUGGCACGGCUGCGCCAAGGAGACGCCGCGCUGCUUCGGCACGGUGCGCUGGCAGACCCCCGAGUACCUGCUGGCCGGGCGCUGGACGCCGCCGUGCUGCCUGCGGGCGCUGCGGGCCACGGCGCGCCACGUGCUGGCCCAGCUGGAGGCGGCCGGCGUGCGGCACUGGCUGGAGGGCGGCACGCUGCUGGGCGCCGUGCGCCUCGGCGACAUCAUCCCCUGGGACUACGACGUGGACGUGGGGCUCUACCGCGACGACGUCCCCAAGUGCCGCUGGCUGGCGGCCGUGGCGGCCACGGGCCGGCCGGUGGAGGACCCGCAGGGGUUUCUGUGGGAGAAGGCGGCCGAGGGGGAGUUUUACCGCGUCCACUUCAGCCGCUCCAACCGGCUGCACGUGGACCUGUGGCCGUUCUACGCCCGGCCCGGCGCCGUCAUGACCAAGGACACGUGGCUGGGCCACCGGCAGGACGUGGAGUUCCCCGAGGCCUUCCUGGUGCCCCUGGGCACCGUGACGUUCGCCGGCGUGGCGGCCAAGGCGCCCAACGACCCCCGGGGCUUCCUGGAGCUCAAAUUCGGGCCCGGGGCCAUCGAGAACCCCGAGUACCCCAACCCCGGCGUCAGGAGGUUGGCACAGGACAUGGGCAAUAAAACAGCGCGGUGACAUCUCUGAUUGUCCCCUGUGCCACCCUUGGGGUCCCUCUGAGUGUCCCCAGAGCCCCCCGAGUGCCCCAACCCCAGGGUCAGGAGGCUGGCACAGGACGUGGGCAAUAAAACAGUGCGGUGACAUCUGUCAUUGUCACCAGUACCACCCCUGGGGUCCCUGGUACCAUCUCUGGGGUCCCUGUGCCACUUUACUUGGCCCUAGUGCCACCCCCGGGGUCCCUGUGCCACCCCCGGGGCCAUCGAGAGCCCCCCGAGUGCCCCAGCCGUGGGGUCAGGAGGCUGGCACAGGACAUGGGCAAUAAAACAGCACGGUGACAUCUCUGAUUGUCCCUUGUGCCACCCUUGGCAUCCCUGGUACCAUCUUUGGGGUCCCUGUGCCACCCUUGGGGUCCCUGUGCCACCCCCGGGGCCAUCGAGAGCCCCCCGAGUGCCCCAGCCCUGGGGUCAGGAGGCUGGCACAGGACAUGGGCAAUAAAACAUCGCGGUGA